GCAGCGCGGUGGGCGUCACCUGCGCCACAACCGGAAGAGCUCUGUUAGCAUUCGGCUAAAAACACAGCCAGUUCCGUUGAUAAACAGAUUAAAAUCAUCUCAGUCGGUCUCUGUAAGCGUUUAAAGUCGAAUGAUCGAGGAUAAGAACGCGACUGAAGACCCACGCUGAGUGGAGAACGCGCGAUGGAUGACAGUAAGAUGGUGGCUGUUAAAGUGAAGAAGCCAGGAAAGCGCGGGCGUAAACCUGCUAAGAUCGACCUGAAGGCGAAGCUGGAGCGCAGUCGCCAGAGCGCCCGCGAGUGCCGCGCGCGGAAGAAGCUGCGCUACCAGUAUCUGGAGGAACUGGUUUCCAGUAAAGAGAGAGCCAUCUGUGCGCUGCGAGAGGAGCUGGACAUGUAUAAGCAGUGGUGUCUGGCCAUGGAUCAGGGCAAGAUCCCGUCGGAGAUUAAGGCUCUGCUAACGGGAGACGAGCAGAAAGCGCCGCAGAGCUCCAGCAACAAGAUCCCCAAGAACGGCAAGUUCGGCUCCACCGCGAACAAGACGUGUUAGGAGCGGCCCGAGAUCCUGUACACACACACACACACACACACACACACAGUGUUCAUGAGACGCCUCUUCAUAACCGGACGUCUCAGUCUUUAAUAAGCUUCAUUCCCAGUACAAACUCCCAGUAAUCUCCCGUUCACACUAGGAUGGUUCGAUCCGGCCUCGAUGUGGCUCAGGCUCUGUGUGUGACUUUAACAUUUCCUCUUCCUUUUACUUAUUUAUUUUGGAACCUUUUUGAUGAUGAAUGUGAUGCGUUAUAAUCUGUUUAAUCCUUUACGACGUUAAAUAUUAGACAUUGUAA